AUGAGAGAGCCGGCGCUGACGUAUGCGCCAUAUUACCCGUUCCACGCGCCAUGGCCGGCCGACUUCCCCAUGUCCGCCUUCCUGGCGGCGCAAUCCCUCCUUCUUCCCGGCGCUGCCGCACUGCCGCCCGGCGCGCUGGCCAAGCCGCUGCCCGACCCGGGCCUGGCGGGGGCGGCGGCCGCGGCGGCCGCGGCGGCGGCGGCGGCCGAGGCGGGGCUGCACGUCUCGGCACUCGGCCCGCACCCGCCCGCCGCGCAUCUGCGCUCGCUUAAGAGCCUGGAGCCCGAGGACGAGGUGGAGGACGACCCCAAGGUGACGCUGGAGGCCAAGGAGCUGUGGGACCAGUUCCACAAGCUGGGCACCGAGAUGGUCAUCACCAAGUCUGGGAGGCGGAUGUUUCCUCCCUUCAAGGUGCGAGUCAGCGGCCUGGACAAAAAGGCGAAAUAUAUCCUGCUGAUGGACAUUGUGGCCGCUGAUGAUUGCCGGUAUAAAUUCCAUAACUCGCGCUGGAUGGUGGCGGGCAAGGCCGACCCAGAGAUGCCCAAACGCAUGUACAUCCACCCAGACAGCCCGGCCACGGGAGAGCAGUGGAUGGCCAAGCCUGUGGCUUUCCACAAGCUGAAACUGACCAACAACAUCUCCGACAAGCAUGGCUUCACCAUUCUGAACUCCAUGCACAAGUACCAACCGCGCUUCCACAUUGUGAGAGCCAACGACAUCCUGAAGCUGCCCUACAGCACCUUCCGCACCUACGUGUUCCCUGAGACCGACUUCAUCGCGGUCACUGCCUACCAGAACGAUAAGAUCACUCAACUGAAGAUCGACAACAACCCGUUUGCCAAGGGCUUCCGGGACACCGGGAAUGGCCGGCGGGAGAAAAGGAAGCAGCUGACGCUGCCGUCUCUGCGGCUGUACGAGGAGCACUGCAAACCGGAACGCGACGGCGCCGAGUCCGACGCCUCUUCUUGCGACCCUGCCCCCGCGCGGGAACCGCCACCCUCCCCGGGGUCAGCGCCUAGUCCCCUGCGCCUGCAUCGGACCAGAGCCGAAGACAAGUCGUGCGCCGCGGACAGCGACCCAGAGCCGGAAAGGCUGAGCGAGGAGCGCGCAGGGCCGGCUCUCGGCCGCAGCCCGGCCCUGGACAGCGCCAGCCCCCCUCGCUUGACCGAACCUGAGCGCUCCCGGGAGCGGCGCAGCCCCGAGAGGGGCAAGGAGCCGGCGGAGAGCGGCGGGGACGGUCCGUUUGGCCUGCGGAGCCUAGAGAAGGAGCGCACGGAAGCAAGGCGAAAGGACGAGGGGCGCAAGGAGGCAGGCGAGGGCAAGGAGCCCGGCCUGGCGCCGCUGGUGGUGCAGACGGACAGUGCGUCCCCUCUGGGCGCCGGACACCUGCCGGGCCUGGCUUUCUCCGGCCAUCUGCACGGGCAGCAGUUCUUCGGGCCGCUGGGGGCCGGCCAGCCGCUCUUCUUGCACCCGGGACAGUUCGCCAUGGGCCCUGGAGCCUUCUCUGCCAUGGGCAUGGGUCACCUGCUGGCAUCGGUGGCGGGCAGCAGCAGCAGUGGGGGGGCUGGCGGCCCAGGGACCGCCACCGGGCUGGACGCAGGCGGGCUGGGUCCCGCGGCCAGCGCCGCAAGCACCGCUGCGCCCUUCCCGUUCCACCUCUCCCAGCACAUGCUGGCAUCUCAGGGAAUCCCAAUGCCCACUUUCGGAGGCCUCUUCCCCUACCCCUACACCUACAUGGCAGCCGCUGCGGCAGCGGCCUCUGCUUUGCCAGCCACCAGUGCUGCGGCUGCAGCUGCUGCAGCUGCGGGCUCCCUAUCCCGGAGCCACUUUCUGGGCAAUGCCCGGCCCCGCCUGCGGUUCAGCCCCUACCAGAUCCCGGUCACUAUCCCGCCUAGCGCUAGUCUUCUCACCACGGGGCUGGCGGCGGAGGGCUCCAAGGCUGCGGGCAGCAACAGCCGGGAGCCCAGCCCGCUACCGGAGCUGGCUCUCCGCAAGGUUGGGGCCCCAUCCCGCGGUGCCCUGUCGCCCAGCGGCUCAGCCAAAGAGGCGGCCAGUGAACUGCAGAGCAUCCAGAGACUGGUGAGUGGGCUGGAGAGCCAGCGAGCCCUCUCCCCCGGCAGGGAGUCGCCCAAGUGA